AUGACGUUUCAGGGUUUCAGUGAGUCUGUCAACAUCAGCCUCCUGGGUCUGGCCGUGGCUGACCUGGGGUCACUCCUGUCCCUAGUCUGGAUGAGCAUCUGUUUCAACCCGCUGUUUCAUUACUCGGAUAUAUCUUUCGAGUCCAUUGAUAUACAGUACAUAACGGCAGUUUCACAUGUUUACGUUAUCGGAAUGUCUUUUGAUAUAACGUCUGCAGGCUGGCCUCACGUCUGCUUUGCCAGAAUCACCAGCUGGAUCACCGCCUUCAUCACCCUAGAGAGAUGCCUCUGUAUCGCCACGCCUCACAGGGUCAAACAGUUCCUCACGCCAAAGAGGACGCUCGUCAUCAUCCUGUUCAUCUACCUCUUCCUCUUCCUCAGCGUCGCGCCCGUCUACUACGCCCUCCGCAUCGGUCCCCACUUCAACGUCAACAGAAACAAAACACUCGACUGGUUGGUGUAUGCAGAUUACGGCACCACUGUUGAAAACGUUUCUUUUUCCAUCACGGUCUUUGCGCAGCUAUCCUCCUGCGCAUGCGUUAUAACCUGCACGGUCGUUUUAAUUAUAAAUCUGACCCGUAUGUCCAAAUGGCGCAAGACUAAUUUAGAACCUUCCUCAGCGAAACAGAUGAUGUCUAGUCGCGAUAAAUGGGUUGUACUGAUGAUAGCCUCCAUUUCUUGUAUCUUCAUCGCGUGUUUCCUACCCAGUGCAAUCAACCUGAUACUGAUGCUGCACUUUUCCCCCAACUACAGCAUCGUGGGCCCGUACCAGAACAGUUUCCAGGUGUCGUGGUCCAUCCUCAACACGCUGGAGGCCACCAACAGCUCCGUCAGCGUGCUGGUGUACUACAAGAUGAGCAGCAAAUUUAGGCUCGUCUUUAGGGAAACGUUUUGUACAACACGUUCAACUGGAAACUAA